AUGGCUUCCACAAAUGAGGAUGAACAGGACCUUUGGUACCUGAAGUCCACUUUCCCUGUCUUCUUUCCUUCUCAUCCAGUUUUUCAGGGCUCUGAGGACGAACUCGAGGCCUAUGUCCAUCAGGAUGUUAAACGGCAGUUCGCCAGCGGCUCCGCAGAAGCACAUCUCUCGGACGAUGAAACUGCUUUCGUAGCUGAGUCCGAGCCUGUACUUGUGUCUGAUGCUUCAACUACUGCUGGUCUGAGAGAUGGCAUUGUCCAAAUUUCCAUCGACGAUGGAGAGAACUCUCCCAUGGUGGACAUGGGAGAGGCCGCUACCGAGUCCUCAGGUCAUGCCCACCCCUUCAUGAAAGGCCUCCUCUCCCAACAGAACACGGACGGCACGAGUCCAGGGCCAGUGAGAGACAUGGAGAACAAGAUGCUCACCGAAAAUGCCGACGUUGCCCACCGCUCCACAAACGAGAGCCUGGUCGACUUGUUCACAGAGCUUGAGGACGUCAUCUCGGGCCCGAGACUCCUCGAGCUUCUCCAGGGGGCAUGGAGUUAUGAUGCGCACUCGACCCUCAAGAUUAUCUUCAAUGCCCGUUCCAUUCACCUUGGCAAAGCUUCUCGACAAACUUUCUAUCGAUGCGCCGGCUGGCUCGCCAAGUACCAUCCUCUGACACUAAUCGCAAACCUUGAAUGGCUGAGCCGUCCAGUAAUACAGAAGAAAGCCGACAAGAAGGAUGCCGAGAAGAAGGCCGACGAAGAUGAAAUGGUGUUUGUGGAGCAGGAGAUAGACGAUGACGACCCAGCCCGCUUCGACGUUAAGAACGGUGUGGCUCACGGGUACUGGAAAGAUCUCCUCAACAUUCUUGCAUUGUAUGUCAAUGGCAAGCUCGAUGUCCUAGCAAAUCCGCGCGAUAUCCUCAAUAUUGAGCGUGAGAAAUCUAAGACCAACUGGCCGAAGGAUCAAGAGACAGCCAAGGCCCUGCGGCAUGGAAAGAGGGAUGAUCGCCAUGAGGCCGCCAUCAAAGCAUUCGAGGACGAUGCUGUCUAUCGGUCAUUGCAUGUCACGAUAGCUCUUCUCUUCGCCGCUCAGCUUCAAAAGGACUUGUCACUACUUCGAAGUGAUGACCCAACAGCCAAGAGGAAGGUAUCGCUUUGUGCCAAGUGGGCGCCAUCCAACACUCGAUUCCACGACAAGCACACCUUCAUCGUUUCCUCGAUCGCCGAGAUAAUGCACCCAGUCUCAACUUUCGAUGGCUUCGCAGAUUACGAUGACAGCAACAAACAGAAGCGUGAAUUCUACCUUCGUCAUGCUCGAGAGGCCUAUCGCAAGGACGUGGCCGCACUUCGCAAGCACCUUGAAUGCGUAGAACGGAACAUCACAGCCAAAACCUUUGAGAAUAUCAAAUAUGACCGCGUGCCCUCCCUAGCCAUGAAUAACUACGCACCCAUCUUUGCUCAGAAGGAUACCGAUCGUUUUGAGAAGUACAUCGACAAAGUUGCUAAUGGCAAGGCUCAGAUCUCCGGCGCAACUCUCCUGCCAAGUGCCUUUAUCAAGGCUGUGCGUACGGCGCCUUGGACAUCGGACUACUUCACCAGUCAGCCAGGUGGCAAGCGCACCAGCAAAGGUACCAAGGACCUAGUCGAUGCGAAGAUGAAACAGUUACAGGCCAAGACUCUUGACGGCCAGUGGAAAUCCCUUGUCCAACGCAUCAAGGAUUCAGGUACGCUCGAGAACUGUAUCGCCGUCGCUGAUGUCUCUGGCUCGAUGGAAUACCCAACAUUUCCCGAUGGGACUGUUCCAAUGGACACAUCAAUUGGUCUGAGCUUGCUGGUCGCCGAGGUGACGAAGCCUCCUUUCGGGGGAGCAUUCAUCACCUUCAGCACCAAUCCCCGUGUGCAGAAGAUCGAUCUCACACAGAGCUUGCAGGAAAAGUAUCGUGCACUUUCUAGUGCUGAUUGGGACAUGUCUACCGACUUCGUCGCAGUUUUCGAGAAGCUGAUCUUGCCAAUGGCCGUUAAGAACAACCUCAAACAGGAGGACAUGGUGAAGCGCAUCUUUGUCUUCAGCGAUAUGCAGUUCAAUACGGCGUGCUACAAUGACAACAGAUGGUCCACCUCUUACGAACGGAUUCAGAAGAAGUUUUCAAAGGCAGGAUAUGAAAUGCCUGAGCUGGUCUUCUGGAACCUUGCUGGCGGACGAGCAGGCUAUACGUUCACAGGCGGAGAUCCCGUGGCGCCGAAGCCUGUGACGGCGCACGAGCAAGGCACGGCGCUGGUGAGCGGGUAUUCCCAGGGCAUGCUGAAGGUGUUCCUGGACAGCGGCUCCUUCGAGGACGAGGAUGCUGAGGAGGAGAUUAUCGAGAAGGUUGGAGAUGACGGUGAGGUCGUUGUGGAGAAGACGAAGCGACAGAAGUUGGACCCGAUGAGUGUCGUCAAGAGAGCCAUUGGUCAUCCCGCUUACAAGAUGUUGCGCGUGAUAGACUGA